AAUGUGAGCCAAGCCUAUGCAAGGGGCGCUCAGGCGUUUGGUUUGUUAUGUCACUACGCAUGCACCCAAUUCGUUAGCUUGAGAAGGGAACAUGGCGGCGUCCCUGAUUUACGGCCGAUUGUCGGCAAGCCUGAGAAAUUCUGGGGCAAGAUCGACGCUUAACACUGCAUCCAAAGUGCUGGGUGGUUCCUCCGGCCUUUUUUGGGAUCAGCAGCAGCCCCCCCACCUUCAGCAGCAGCAGAGGAACCUCUCCCUGCAUGAGUACAUGAGCAUCGGCCUGCUCAAAGAGGCUGGCGUCUGUGUGCCCGAGGGCAAGGUUGCCAGCUCACCCGAUGAAGCCUACUCUGUUGCCAAGGAGAUUGGCACCAAGGAUCUAGUGGUGAAGGCUCAAGUGUUGGCUGGAGGCCGAGGUAAAGGCACCUUCGAGGGAGGUCUGAAGGGAGGAGUGAAGAUUGUCUACUCUCCAGAGGAGGCCCGGGACAUCUCCUCUCAGAUGAUUGGUCGUAAGCUGUACACCAAGCAGACAGGCGAGCAGGGCCGUAUCUGUAACCAGGUUUUCAUCUGUGAGCGCAGGUACCCCCGCAGGGAGUACUACUUCGCCAUCACCAUGGAGAGAUCCUUUCAGGGCCCCGUGUUGAUUGGCAGCUCUCAGGGGGGCGUGAACAUCGAGGAUGUGGCAGCGGAGAAUCCCGACGCCAUUGUGAAGGAGCCAAUCGACAUCAUGGAGGGAAUCAAGAUGGAACAAGCUGUUUCGAUUGCCACAAAGAUGGGCUUCCCGGCUGCUCUGAUUGACGACGCAGCUGCUAACAUAAUCAAGCUCUACAACGUCUUCAUGAAGUUCGAUGCCUCCAUGCUGGAGAUCAACCCCAUGGUGGAGGACGCCUCUGGCCAGGUGAUGUGCAUGGACGCCAAGAUCAACUUUGACUCGAACGCAGCGUAUCGCCAGAAGAAGGUGUUUGACAUGCAGGACUGGACCCAGGAGGAUGCCAGGGACCGACAGGCAGCCAAGGCUGACCUCAACUACAUUGGCCUGGACGGAUCCAUCGGGUGUCUGGUGAACGGGGCUGGUCUUGCCAUGGCCACCAUGGACAUCAUCAAGCUGCAUGGUGGCACGCCAGCCAACUUCCUGGACGUGGGGGGCGGAGCUACAGCCCACCAGGUGAUGGAGGCCUUUAAACUCAUCACCUCUGACAGGAAGGUGCAGGCCAUCCUUGUGAACAUCUUUGGUGGCAUCAUGAGGUGUGACAUCAUCGCUCAGGGCAUCAUCAUGGCUGUUACAGAUCUGGACCUGAAGAUCCCCAUUGUGGUGCGGUUACAAGGAUCCAGGGUGGACGAUGCCAAAGCUCUGAUUGCUGCUAGCCCACUGAAGCUCCUGGCCUGUGACGAUCUGGACGAGGCCGCUAGAAUGGUUGUAAAGCUUUCUGAAAUUGUGUCGCUGGCUCAGGAGGCUCAUGUGGACAUCUCUUUCCAGCUGCCACUCUAAGCCAUGCCCCUUGACUCUACGACCCCAUCUGAACCCUGACACCCCACCCCUUGAACAACAAGAAGAGCCUCUCAUUACUGAGCGAAUACUCCAAUACAACACAGCCCACCAACUUCUGUUCUGUUUCUCUCUGUCUCUCUCUGUGGCAAGGCUCCAACAUACGCACACACAUACAAGUAACUGCCAAAUGAAAGGAAACUAAGUAAAUGAGGGAUACAAAGUUGCCUGGCUACCCAGACUCCUUGCUCCUGCCAAACGCUAUGCCACGCCCACGAACGUUAGUUUCUUCACCGCAAAGAGUCUGGAUCUGAGUACCUUCCCGACCCUUCACCAAAUGCACCCCUGAAGGAGUGCCUUAUAUUGAGUGGUCUGACAAUGGGAGAGGGGGUAAGAAUGAGGGGGGUUUAAAGGGGAGGUGCCCAUUGUAAUGACAGCUGCUAGGUUGUGACACUGGACUAAUACUUGGAAAGCACUUCAGCUAAGAAAAGAGUUGAUGGAAUGUAAAUCGCUGUUAGGAGUACCUCUCAUUUCAUCUCCAUGCAAUUUGAAAUGCAUAGCUGAAUAGUGGAUUGUUCUGAGUCUGGCGAGAGAGACUAAUACCUGGAUAAAAGCAUCGGAGUACUCUCCUUUACUCCUGAACUAGUAAGAGUUCUUUGAGUGUUUAGUGUGUGAUAUCUAAACUACUGCUUAUCUGGUUGACUGCAUGUUUUUGUAUUUCUCUUCCAUCCCUUCUAUAAGAUGGUCUCCUAUAUAAUAGUCUGCCGCCAUGUCACAGGAACAACCUUACUCACUCUGUUCAGGUACAUAUGACAACAAAAAUGGGGGUGGGCCAUGUCCACUCAACUGUUAAAAGAUUGUACUGUAGUUAAGUCUUCUCUCUAUUUCUCCGUAUCUCCCUCUCUCCCUCCGUUCCUCUGUAUCUGUUACUCCCCAGCCCUUCGAACACAGAAACAACUUAUUGUGAGUUGUAAGACAUUUAUUAUAUCUUGUAAAUAACGAGACCACUGUUCUCUUCUAUAAAAUAUUUAUGCUUCUCUUGGGGAGUAAAAAAUAAAUGAAUAAAUAGAGAACCCAAAA